AUGUCUGAGGUACAGUCGGUGGAUUCGUAUAAUUCGGACUCUUCCUCUGCCUUUAGAGACGAUCAGCAACCGCAGGAAUAUAUUCCUUCGAAUAAUAAUAAGAAUAAUGGAUUACCGUUAAAUUUAACUAGAACUGAGACUGUUAAGUCUCUACAGGAGAUGGGUAUGACAGCUACGGCUCCAGUGCCGGAUGUCAAUGCCCCACAGACUACUGCUAGGCCGCAAAUUUUCCCAGAAGAGUAUACUAUGGAGACUCCAACUGGUCUGGUGCCUGUGGCCACGUUACAAUCCAUUGGUAGAACUUCUACUGCUAUUUCCAGAUCUAGAACCAGACAGAUGGAGCGUACUUCUUCUGAAUCUUCGUCCAUGGAUGGUACGAAUUCGGAUGCAGAAAUAAACAAGGAAGGGAAAGCUUCUGAGCCACAGGAAGAGCAUGAGCUGGAUCCUGAGAUCGAGUUUGUCACUUUUGUUACCAAUGAUCCGGGAAAUCCUCACAAUUGGCCUAUAGCGAGACGUUGGUUCUUUACUGUGGUUCUAUCUACACUGGUUAUCUGCGUGGCUUAUGGGUCUGCAUGUAUCGCUGGUGGGUUAUUUACUGUGUCAGAAAAGUACCAUGUUGGUUCUGAAGUCGCUGUUCUUUCGGUUUCUCUGAUGGUUAUCGGGUUCUCCCUAGGUCCUCUACUUUGGUCACCAGUGAGUGAUCUUUAUGGUAGAAGAGUCGCUUAUUUCGUCUCGAUGGGUUUGUACGUCAUCUUUAACAUCCCAUGUGCUAUUUCACCUAACAUUUCAGGUCUGAUGGUUUGUAGAUUCCUAUGUGGGGUCUGGGCAUCUUCAGGUCUAUGUCUUGUUGGUGGGUCCAUCGCUGAUAUGUUCCCGAGUGAGACUAGAGGUAAAGCUAUUGCGUUCUUCGCCUUCGCACCAUAUGUGGGUCCAGUGUUCGGUCCAUUGGUUAACGGGUUCAUCUCGGUUUCUACCCGUAGAAUGGAUCUGAUCUUCUGGGUUAACAUGGCCUUCGCUGGUGUCAUGUGGAUCGUUGUCGCUUUUAUUCCAGAAACUUAUGCUCCAGUCAUUCUAAAGAGACGUGCUAUCAAGUUGAGAAAGGAAACUGGUAACCCUAAGAUCAUGACAGAACAGGAAGCUCAGGGUGUCAGCUUUAACGAGAUGAUGAAGACCUGUUUAUUGAGACCUCUUUAUUUUGCCGUCACUGAACCUGUUUUAGACGCUACUUGUUUCUACGUCUGCCUGAUCUAUUCUCUACUAUACGCUUUCUUCUUUGCCUACCCAGUCAUCUUCAGUGAACUAUACGGCUACAAGGAUAAUUUGUGUGGUCUGAUGUUUAUCCCAAUUAUGAUCGGUGCUCUGAUGGCCCUAGCAACCACCUUUUGGUGUGAAAGCAAGUAUUUGCAAUUAAUCAAGACCCGUAAGCCUACCCCAGAAGAUCGUUUGCUUGGUGCUAUGAUCGGUGCACCAUUCGCAGCCAUCGCUCUUUGGAUCUUGGGUGCUACUUCUUACAAGCAUAUCAUCUGGGUCGGUCCCGCAUCUUCAGGUAUUGCCUUUGGUUAUGGUAUGGUCCUGAUUUACUACUCAUUGAACAACUAUAUUAUCGACUGCUACGUGCAGUUUGCAUCUAGUGCCCUAGCUACCAAGGUGUUCCUAAGAUCUGCCGGUGGUGCUGCUUUCCCACUUUUCACAACUCAAAUGUACCACAAAUUAGGGUUGCAAUGGGCAAGUUGGUUGCUAGCGUUCAUUGCCACAGCUAUGAUUGCACUACCAUUUGGUUUCUACCGUUGGGGUAAAGGCCUAAGACAUAAAUUGUCAAAGAAGGACUAUUCAAUCGAUGCAGUUGAGUGA